AUGAACACCUCCAAGAGGCUAUGGGCGAAGCUCAGGAGCUUCUCAUCUAUUAACGAAGUAAAUCCACGCAUAUAUACCCACACCCACACGUGGAAAUCGAAGGCGGGCUCAAUACACUUCUUCUCUACCGGACGAACACUUCAACACAGCUCAAGCAACAAUAAACACAACAUGCACAAGAAAAUACACAUCAUGGGCGUGGGCAACGUAGGUUCAUUCGUAGCACACUCACUCGCCGCCCGCCCCGUAUCUGAACGGGCCUGCAUAACCCUUCUCUUCCACCACCCAGCUUUCUACAAGGACUGGAACCGAUUUGGGCGGGUCGUUGCUGUGAAGCGCCACGGGAUACCCGAGCAACGAUCAGGCUUCUGCAUCAACGUCCUGCAGGACCACGAAUGGUACUACCCGUCCGAAAUCGAGGGAGCACCAGAUGAUCUGGUUAAGGAAGAAUUCGCUCUACGCCAGGGGGAGGAAGCUGAUAGCGACGGCAGUCUUAUCCCCGCGGACGAGGAGUGGAUUGAACAUUUGAUUGUUACCGUGAAGACGACGCAGGUUGAGCGAGCGAUGAAGUCUGUUCGGCACCGACUGACACCAGAGUCGUCUGUGCUGUUCCUUACGAAUGGGCUGGGGGUGCUGGAGGAAGUGAAUGAGAAAAUAUGGCCUGAUGAGAGCGAACGGCCGAAUUAUCUGUUUGGCGUCACGAGUCAUGGGCUCUUUAAGUCGGGACUGUUUGAAACUACGCAUGCAGGGGUGGGGACUACUACUAUAGGCGUUGUACGGCAGUCCCCAAGAGAUGAUAUGGAGCAUACUGCUGAUGGCAGUUCAACUACCCUCGCACCGUCGACGAAUUUCCUGCUGAAGACACUUACGCAAACCCCCGAGCUGGCAUGCAUAUCCACCAAUGCAAUAGACCUGUUCUUAUUGCAGCUGGAAAAACUGGCAGUAAACUGCGUCAUCAACCCGCUUACCUUGCUCAUGGACUGCAAGAACGGCGAACUACUAUACCAUUACAACCUGACGCGUGUCCAACGACUACUGCUCAUCGAAAUAAGCGCCGUGAUAUGCGCACUGCCGGAGCUGCAGGGGGUUCCAGGCCUACAAUCACGCUUCUCACCUGAAAGACUACGAACAAUUGCGGUGGGUGUUGCGGGUAAGACGGGCGAGAACACUAGUUCUAUGCUGCAGGAUGCGAGGAUGGGGAAGGAGAGCGAGAUCGAGUAUAUGAACGGGUAUAUUGUGCGCAGGGGAGAGGAAGUAGGGGUGCGGUGUGCGUUGAACUACAUGGUUGUGCAGCUUGUGCAGGCCAAGUCGAGGAUUGCAGGGAGGCAGAGAAACGAAGAGGUUCCAUUUGACCUGUCGAAGCUGUAA